UCAUGACGCAGCAUCCUGGGAGAAGAAAGGGAGUACGAUUCGGAGUCUGUGCCGAGCGAAGUUCAGAAAAACUUGGUUCUGUGCACUGAACGGACGUCGGUGUGACUAGCUGCGAACCAAUCCCGUGCCUCGCAAGACUGGGUGGUCCCUCGUCCGCGUAAGGAACGUAAUAGUGUUUAAUAUCUGCCGCAACCUACUCGGGUUUUAGGUUCAGUGCUAACCCCGAUCAGCAUCGGAUAUCUCACGAAGCAUUCUUUUGGGAAGAGGCCAAUGAGUACACGUCAAUUCCUCCAAUGGCAUCUGGAGUACACGUAGACAAGGCAGUAAACGACGUCAAAGAAUGUGUGAAGGAACUAUACCAAGAGUUCCAGGAACGAGGAACCCCGAUAAAUGACGACGACACAUCUUUGAACAAGUUUUGCGCCAAGCUUGAGGUUGUUCUUCAGCAUGGCCAAAGGGACAAGGUAUCCCUGCUGGGUGCCGCUAAGAACUACUGGAACUACUUCUGUCGCUGUUUGGCAUCCGAAAAGAAUCUGCAAGGGUAUGCAGCCCUCAAGUAUGCAAAGUCCCUGACAGAGCUCAAGACAAACCUUGGCAGAGGAAGAGCUGUUGUUCGGUACUGCUUGAUGCACCAAUGCCUCGCUGAGACGCUUCAGGUUUGCUCCGUCAACGAAAAAGCUACGAGUGACUAUUAUCAUGACUGGGCAGUCUUUCGUAAGCCAGAGGACUUCCAGGCAUUCAUGUCGUCUCUCUAUGACCUGAACGAUGUCUCUUUUGACCUUGCACCAAGUGGAAAUGACCUUGACGCAGCUUGGCCUUGUUUUGCAAGGAAAGUUUUCAGUAGUUCUUGGGUGCCUCUGAGCAGAACCUCGAGCAUUUCCAGUAUAAGCAGCACAGUUUCUCAACUUGAUUCGCUUUUGCCAGCGCCCAGCAUGCCUGAAAAUGAGCCUGCAAUUCAGGACGAGGUUCAGCUGGCUGUUCCUAGUCUUGAGCGCCAUAACGCCGGCUGUUCUGGUGACUUUGAAGAGGACAAACAAGCAAGUUGCGGUUCCCAGACAAGACCCAAGGUUCUAAUGAAAAGCAGAUCCCUUUCUCCUGUCGUCUUCAAGAGCAACCUGCCAGAAAACCAAAGUGGGGCAACACCUAUAAAUACCAAGGAUAUUUCUCCACGAGAGCUCGAGCUCAAGCAAAGGCUAAGAGAAGCUGAAUCAGUAGCGUCUACCUGUGCUGAAACACUAGCGAAGCUGAAGGAGGACCACCUCCAUAAAGAGCAAGCAUGGCAAGAAAGGGAAGCACGACUUCAAGACCAGCUGUACUCGUUGCAACUGCAACAAUCGGCACAAGAUACAGGUAUCGAAAAUUCCAAAAGUGAGCAGGCUUGCUGCAGUUCGGAGCACACAAUGUUGGAAGAAAUGGUGAAACGACUUACCGCAGACAAAGAAGAUAUGUCCUUGAAGAAUAGUUUUCUGACACGGAAGUUAAAUGAGGUCUUAGAAAAACUGGAAGACACAGAAGAGUCACUUGUCACUGUGAAGCAGUCUGAACUAGAGCUCCGGACAAAAGUUGAAAAACUCACCCUUGUAAACGAAGGGCUCAAGAACCUGGUUGAUGCAGUGAAGGAGGAGACCGUAAUAUUGCGGCAGCAAGUGCUGGUGAUGGACAAGGAAGUUGAGAACAGCCAUUACCUGCUGGAGCAAAAGAAAGCCCAAUGCAAGUGCCUAGAAGAGCAGCUUGUCAAAGUUCGGUCCAAAUGUUGUGAGACUAUCAACGCUAGCUCAUUGAAAGACCGUGAGAUAGAAAGGUUGGUAUCCUUAGUGCGUACUGCUCGAAGGAAGCUCCUUGCGAGGUCACCAGAAAGUUCUCAGCCAGAAACGUCUUCAAAAGAGCAGUCCCCUAGAAUCUCAACUGACGGAAAAGAGUGUGACGAGACCCUGCUGGAAAAGAUUCUGACGUCUGGAACCAGUGAUGUGUCUCCUGAUGAUCUUAGCCUCGUCCUGCAACAGUAUUGUACAAAAGCAUCAUCGGGCAGUUCAAACUCUGAACUCUACGAGCACUGUUUACGGUACCUGGGGUCUGCCAUGUUGCACCAGGAGUCUCUCAUUGACAGGGCAAACUCCAAGGUCAAAGAUAUAGUUUCCACAAGCCACAGUAUUAAUCUACAGUUGCAUGUUCUCCGAGAAGUUCUCAGCAUUAAACCCAAUGAUGAGGAGAGCGAAUCAGUGAGCGAGGGAACCUUGAACCACAAAGAGACUGCAACAGUUUCAGAAGAGCUGGUCCCUCCUCGCAUUGAAGGCUGCGACUUUGUGACGUCGCUGUUUGAAACUCUUUGUCGAAACCACUCCAAGCUGCAAGGCCUCAUGCAGACUGAAUCUCAACUAGAAAAGGAGCUUGCAGAGUGCAGGGAGCUCAACGGGCUUCUUUCUGGUAAAGUACACGAACAAGAACGUAAGCUUUGUGGCUUCGUGCAGGAACUAGACCGAACGAAAGUGCUGCUGGCAGGCAUGGAGGACACUCGUUACAAACUCCAGACUGCAAAGGCUGUUAUGAGGUACGAGCUUCAAGAGAAAAAGCACCUGCUCCACAACCUCAAGCAACAGCUCGAGAGCACUCGAGAAGACUGUGUCAGGGUUAUGCGAUCGAAUGCAGAGUCUGAACUGGAGUGGCGAAGCCUUCGAGAGGAGUUCCAGAGUCGGAAAAAGCAAGACAGCCAGGACAGUGGGGUCUCUGACAACGGACAUAGCACGCGUGAGCAAACUCCGCUAAGCAGCGAAGAAGUGUCCGAGAAGGACGACCCUGACUCUGUUGAGGAAGAGGACCGGUCCGACUCCCUCAACGUCGACGAAAUUCCAGAAGAAGGAGCCAGCUCCAUUCCAAUUUCGACUUCAGACAUGGAAGUGAGAUACCGUGCUCGUUCGCAAAGACUGGAGUACCUGGAACAGCAGUGCCAGAUUCUCUACAGCAGCUUGGUCAGGAGUAGUGAACGAAGCAAUAACCUCCAAAUGCGGCUGCACAGUUUGCUCGAAGGCAGCAACGAGGCAGCGUCCCGGGUGAUCGGUGCAAGUGACAACGCUCCUAGCAUUCCAGUGGAGACUGAGGAUAUUUCUGAAGGACUCGAGGAGGAGCCAGACGUUCUAGAGGGCUGUGAUGUAGUGAGUGACGACAUUUCUGUGCCAUUUUCUCCGGAGUGUGUGGAAGCAUCCAGAAGAGACGAAUCCUUGCCCGAGAUAAGAAAGAAGACCCUGGACACAAUUGUGCAUAGGGUGAAACUGGAGAGGUCUCAGAGUGAAGAACUGAUAUCUAGUCUUCGGUCAACCAUUGCUGAACUGCAAUCUGCAAACGAGCGUCUGCGCCGCCAGGUUUUGGCUCAAGCCGAAGAAAAGGCACAACGGGAAAAUGAGAUGAGGCAGCGGGCGAGUGGGAUGCUCCGCACGGAACGCAACCUGAAGAGCGUCCAACUGAAGGAUAUCACGAGGGAAAGAGAACAGCUGCUGGAGCAGAACAAAGUGUUGGAGACCAAGCUGGAACAGAAAGAGAACGAGCUCACGGAAAGUGAUGCAUGUCGCCGGAAAAGCCUCGAGAAGCAGAAGACUCUAGAAAAGGAGGUCGGCACUCUGACGCUGAAGUUGGAUAACCAGACGACAUCCCACAACCACUUGUAUGAGAAUUAUGUGACUCAACAAACCGUUAUAGAAGAAAUGAAGAAACGGAUCGGGGAGCAAGAGCAAAUGAUUGGGGAACUUGAGCACUCAGUGGAAGAACUGAAAGACGACCAAGUGACUGAGCAGACAAUGUUCCUAAAAGAGGUUGAAAAGUUGCAACUGGACUUGGCCUCCAGAGAAGAAGAAUGCUCGAGCUUAAGUGACGAACUCAAAAAGCUUCGCAUCCAGGCUGACCAAGAUAGGGAACAGAGUGACCACCUAAAGCAACAGCUUGAAGAGAGCAGCAACAUUAUAACUUCUUUCGAGGACCAACUGAAACAGCUCAAGGUGGAUUCAGUUGAACUGAAGAAGAAAAUUGUCAAGCUUGUGAGGGAGAAAGACACUUUGUGGAAACAAAAUGAUAGUUUGCAGUUUCUCCAAAAACUACAAGCCACAGACAAGUGGAUGGACAAUGACGAAGCUGACAGCUGCCUUCAGUGCUCUACUGCAUUCAGCUUCACUCUGAGGAAGCACCACUGCAGGCUAUGUGGCAGAAUAUUCUGCCAUAGCUGUUCUAACAACUGGCUGAUGACAACUGCAAGCAGCCGGCCUACGAGAGUGUGCAACGCAUGUGCAGUGGAGCACGACAGGCUCGAAAGGGCAGCCCGGAACCCCUCGGUCUCUACCACCAUCUCGGUUGAGAGUGAGGAGGACGACCUUGUUGGUGAAGUCAACACCCCCAAAUGCAGCGAUGGCCAAACUUCGUGUAACUCGGCAGUUGGCCGGCCCCGGCAGAACACAGCCGACAGUGGCAUCAUGAGCUCAUCUGCACCUGCCAACGGAGGGGCGGUGCCAAGAGUCAGCACCCCGAAAAUUGUUCGAAACUGGCGCUACGCCCAAUCCACACACUGCUUCCUUCUUCCAAACGGCAGGUCGUUCCCGAAGCUAAGAAAGCUGCAGUUCCUGCAGAGCUCUGGUAGCCUGGACGACGGAGGACGCAAGCAGGAGUUUGACAUCAUUAGCGACGAGGAGAUAGCACGCUCCCUGUCUGCCUGCAGCCCUUACAACAGCUCACCCAGCAACAGCCAGCAGGAGAACACGUUCCACAUGAGCACCACGCGGACCGUGGAGGACAUUGCGGACUGCGGUCCUGAAGGAGUUCAGGGAGAAAUUUGGGUUAACGCUGGCGGAACCUACGGCAUUCCGGUGCUCCUCAAGGUGCCCGAGACGGUGCUCUUCUGGGAGUUCAAAUGCGAGCCAAAGAGCAUUUCUUUUGAGCUGAAGUACAAGCCAUUGAGUGAAGACCUGGACUUGAGUGCCCUGGAAGUCAUCCUGCCAUCCGUCAGGGUGCAAGCCGAUGUCCAGCCCAUGGAGGGCCACCUUGUGGUUCGGGAGGCUGGCGUGUAUGUGCUGAUGUUUGACAACCAGCACUCGAAGUUUAUUGCCAAGAAGGUCACUUACAAGCUACACCUGCGCAAGCCAGACUCUUCGGAACCCAAGACAAUUCAGACAUGAAGCAACGCUGCUUCAAUAUUUUAACCAAGGCCAUUUGCUUGUAAAGUUGUACCUCUGCGUGGAUAUUUUUAUUGAGUUAGACUUGUACAUUUUUUGUGCCGAUGUUUUUUUAUAGAGUACUGUAAAAUAUUCUGACCUUUAAGUGUGACUUGUGUAUUAUAGCAAGCAGAUUAGUGUGUUAAUGUCAUAAAAAUGUCCCGUAAGUUAUUUAAAUGCAUGGACUGGUAUUCCUUUCCUAUGUCCAAUGCCUGUACAAGUUGACUAUUCUUAUAAAAACUUAAUGUGCUAAGUUAUGAAUGUGACUUGUAAUAAAAACAAUAUUUUAUUACCAUGGA